AUGCAAGACGAACUUCGCCAGCUCCAAGAGGCCGAAGGGGAGCAACAUGCUGACAGAAAGAAGACUGGGACGAGUAAAAACUCUAAAGCAGCGCCACCCGCGGCUGCUGGUCAUUACCUGAAAAGGACAUGGUCAACGGGAAAUGAACCCUCGGGUGAAAGAGAGCCAAAGCAUGCGCUUGUGUCCAACAACUCGUCGACAGUCGAUCGGUGGUUGAAAGAAUCCAUGAGAGAGCAGCCAUGGAACAAUAUCGGCGCAAUCCUCGAGCCCCCUCCUACCAAGGAGGCGCCUGGGAUGAGAGGUGAAACCGGUAGCAACAGUGCUGUAGCUGGAUCUGAAGAGCGAAAAUGA